CUCCUGCCUGGCGGCCUCCCCCGCCGCGGCCGGCCCUUUUGUCUAAGAUGGCGGCCCCGGGGGCGCUGCCGCCGCCGCCCCCGCCAUGAAGCGGCAGGGCGAGCGGGCCUCGGCCGGGCUGGCGUCCUCGUCGGCCAAGCGGGCGCGGGAGCCGGAGGCCGGGGGCGGUGGGAGCGGCCGGCGGGCCGCGCCCAAGAGCUCGCCCGGCCAGACCCCGCCCCGCGACAGGGGCCGCGCCUCCGGGGACUACAACCGACGGCCCCGGCCCGAGCCCGGGGACCCGUCGUCGUCGUCGUCUUCGUCGUCUGCGUCGUCGCCGUCUUCCUCGUCGUCGUCGGCGGCCACCGCCGCCGCCGCCUCCCCGCCCAGGGUUUCGCCGCUCCUGCCGCUGCCGCCGCCGCCCCUCCUCCCCGCGCCGCCGCCCGAGUACAAGACGCUGCUGGUCAGCAGCCUGAGCCCCGCGCUGCCCGCCGAACACCUCGAGGACCGGCUCUUCCAGCAGUUCAAGCGGUUCGGGGAGAUCAGCCUGCGGCUGUCGCACACGCCCGAGCUGGGCCGAGUGGCCUACGUCAACUUCCGUCACCCUCAGGAUGCCCGGGACGCCCGCCACCACGCCCGGGCCCGCCAGCUGCUGCUCUACGACCGGCCGCUCAAGGUGGAGCCCGUCUACCUACGGGGGGGCGGCGCGGCCCCCGCCCCGCCCGAUCCCCUGGGCUACCUGCCCCCGCCGACCGGCUACCCGUACCGCCAGCCCCGGGCCCGGCACGCGGCGGUGGCGGCGGCCGCCUUCGCCCUGGACGCCGCGGCCGCCGGCCUGGUCCGGGAGAGGGCCCUGGACUACUACGGGCUGUACGAGGAGCGAGCCCGCCCCUACGGCCACUCCGGCCCGGGCGAGGAGGAGCUGAUGCCCGAAGACGACCAGCGGGCCACGCGGAACCUGUUCGUCGGCAACCUGGACCACGGCGCGUCGGAGGCCGAGCUGCGGCGGGCCUUCGAGAAGUACGGCGUCAUCGAGGAGGUGGUCAUCAAAAGGCCGGCCCGGGGCCAGGGGGGCGCCUACGCUUUCCUCAAGUUUCAGAACCUGGACAUGGCCCACCGGGCCAAGGUGGCCAUGUCCGGCCGGGUGGUCGGCCGCAACCCCAUCAAGAUCGGCUACGGCAAGGCCGACCCCACCACCCGCCUCUGGGUGGGCGGGCUGGGGCCCAACACCUCGCUGGCCGCCCUGGCCCGGGAGUUCGACCGCUUUGGGAGCAUCAGGACCAUCGACUACGCAAAGGGGGGCAGCUCCGCCUACAUCCAGUACGACAGUCUGGAUGCCGCCCAGGCCGCCUGCGCCCAGAUGCGGGGCUUUCCCCUGGGGGGGGCCGACCGGCGGCUCCGCGUGGAUUUCGCCAAGGCCGAGGAGAGCCGGCCCCCGCCACCGCAGUACCAGCCCCCGCUCUUCCCGCUGCGCUACGACGUGCUCCCCGCCGGAUACGUCAGGCACCGCGGCCCGGAGGCCGACCUCAGGGUGCGGGACAGGACGCCCCCCCACCUGCUGUACUCGGACAGAGAGCGGGGCUUCGGGGAGGGAGACCGGGCCGGCCCCGCCAAGACCCCGGAGCGCCGCGGCGGGGACCGGUGGGGCGGCGCCGGGGACCGCGGCCCAGCCAGGCCCCGGGAGGAAAGACGGAAGCGCCGGAGCCCCUCCGGCGACCACGGACGAGCCGCCCGCUCGCCUCCCGAGGAUCGGGCCGGGCCCAAGGCCGGCGGGCCGCCCUCGGAGCGCGGCCCCGAGGGGCUCCGCUGCGAGCAUCACACUCCCGGCUGGGCCGGGCAGGACGAGGAGCGGAGCGACUCCCUCCCUGACGAGCGGAGGGCCGGCCGGGAGAGCCCGGAGCCUCCCCAGGCGGGGAAGAAGAGAGACGGCGAACGUGGCGAGGCGGAGCCGAGACCCCCCGACGAGCCGCGGGCCGAGACCAAAAAGCUCGGGAGCCUCUGUGAGUUUGCCCAGACGCUGCCCCUGGGCUGGAGCGGGCUCCUGGUGUUGAAGAACAGCUGCUUCCCUACGACUAUGCACAUCCUGGAGGGCGAGCUGGGCGUCGUCAGCGGCCUCCUCAAAGACCCGUCCUCCGGCGGCGAGCUGGCCCAGCUCAAGAUUGCCCAGCGGCUCCGGCUCGACCAGCCCAAGCUGGAUGAGGUAACGCGACGGAUCAGACGAGGGAGUCCCAACGGCUGUGUGGUGCUCCUGGCCACCCAGGCUUCUGCCGGAGGAGGGGCGGGAGGCGAUGGGGCCUCCCCGGCGGAGCCGGCUCUGCAGCGGCGGCUUCUCAGGAAUCUGGUGUCAUACUUGAAACAGAAGCAGGCGGCCGGGGUGAUCAGCCUGCCGGUGGGAGGGGCCAAGGGCAGAGACGGUACGGGCGUGCUCUAUGCCUUCCCUCCCUGCGAAUUCUCCCACCAGUACCUCCAGUCGGCUCUGAGGACGCUGGGGAAGUUAGAAGAAGAACACAUGGUGAUAGUUAUAGUCCGUGACACUGCCUAGCCCAAAUCUAGCAUUUUACGAUUCCCCCUUCACCUUGUUACAAAAGCAAUUAUUUUUAAACGUUGAUUUCUCUCCU